GAAGUGGAGGGGCGGGUCCUGGGUGAAGCCUCCGCUGAUCCCUCCUCUCCCGGGCUGCCGCAGUGAAAUUGGGCGCGUUUGCGCAGUGACGUUCUUUUUUUGUUGCAAGACACCCAGCAACAUGGCAGAUGAUAUCGAUUUCACCACUGGAGAUGCUGGAGCUUCCACCACUUUCCCCAUGCAGUGCUCUGCCCUGCGCAAGAACGGCUUUGUGGUUCUGAAGGGACGUCCUUGUAAAAUUGUUGAAAUGUCUACUUCUAAGACCGGCAAACAUGGUCAUGCCAAGGUUCACCUUGUUGGUAUUGAUAUUUUCAGUGGUAAGAAGUAUGAAGAUAUUUGUCCAUCUACCCACAACAUGGAUGUUCCAAAUAUUAAAAGAAGUGAUUAUCAACUGAUUGGGAUCAACGACAAAUACCUUUCCCUUCUGACUGACAGUGGUGAUGUUCGUGAUGAUCUUAAGCUGCCAGAUGGUGAUUUGGGAAAAGAAAUAGAAACUAGAUUUGAAGGCGGAGAAGAGAUUAUGAUCUCCGUCUUGUGUGCUAUGAAUGAGGAGUGUGCCGUUGCCAUCAAGGCCAUGACCAAAUAAACAUAUUCCCAGGCUCGAGCAAAGUGCUCAGGUCAAGAUAAACAGAUCUUAAAUUUGGUUCUGAUUGUCACCAAAGCAUAUGGCCUUUUCAAAACCUCAUUAUUUUUUUUCAAUUGUUUUCAUGUGUUUGCUCGAAGCGGAAAUGGGCUAUGCAGGUUAACUGGCUAUUUUCCAAAUCACUGCAGUUAGAUUCAGUUUGAAUGCUUUAGGUGUUGAUAUCCUUGCAGGUGUUUAUUUUGAAGGUCCAUCUGAACUGACGGCAUUAGUUUUGUUGCAUCAAAUCUGCUCCAGAUGCAUAGUUUAAAUCAAGUGUUGAUGAAAAAUACUGGUUACAUACACCUAGGAUAAAAGGACAGUUGACUGGGCAGUGUGAUUUUUAAAGUACCCCUUAGUAUAUCUUAGAACAAAAUGAUACCUAGAACUCUAAAACUAAAUACAGUUUUAAGCCUUAUGCAUGUUAUGUCUGGAGUACAAAGUUCACAGCUUGGACUGAGUAACUUAAGUGAUUUAGAAAUGCCAGUUUGUUUGCAACUUCCCUGUCCCAUCAUUAUAAAACAAAUUUAAAAGUCCUGAUGGCCAUGUGCAAACAAAAUUGUAUUACCUCUGUACUCUCCUAUGCCAACAUGUUGGCUUGCAUUUUGUAACCUUAUAAACUGGUGUCAAAGCCUGCCUAAAGUUUAGACAGGCACUCUGUAUGUUGUAUGAUUUACAUAGUGGGCAUACAUGGCACAAAUGAGGGUUAGAGUUGUUAACGCUACAGAUUUUCACUUGAGGCCUUUGUCAUCAGACUGAAAAAAAAAUAAAAAUAGAAAAAUGCAGUUCAGUUGCUUUUUUCCUUGUAUUUAUCUUGAAAUAUUAAACUGAGUAAAGACCUACCUGGGAAUCGG